AUUUAUUCCGUGCUGGACCGACCCGCGGCCGGCUGCAGCUUGUUGUCGAGAACCCAUAAGAUCCGAUUUCUUUUACAACUAAUAAAGGUCUGUUCAUCCCGAUAAUGAGGUCGCCUUAAGAUAAAUGAUGGACAACAUGAAUUCUGAUGAAGACGCUGCACAAGGAGUGACUGAAGUUCCAAUGUAUGCCAGUCAGAUCCUCCAGUCCCUCAACCAGCUCAGAAAACAGGGUGAACUCUGCGACGUCGUCCUUAGAGUAGGCAUGUGCAGGGUGUCCGCCCAUCGGGCCGUGUUGGCCAGCUGCAGCCAGUACUUCCGUGCAAUGUUCACUGGCUCGCUGUGCGAGAGGGAGAAAGAAGAGAUUGAACUCAAGUCAGUGGAUGACAUGGCGCUGCAGACCUUGGUGGAGUUUGCGUAUACAGGGAAGGUGAGGGUGACGCACGCCAACGUGCAGACUCUGCUAGCCGCUGCCUGUCUGCUGCAGCUGAAACCAGUCAUCAAGCUAUGCUGUGAUUUUCUCCAGGCACAACUUCACGCAACAAACUGUAUUGGCAUCUCAUGUUUUGCGGACGCUCAUGCCUGCACGGAGCUGUACCGCACAGCGCAAUGCUUUAUUGCACAACACUUUGAGGAGCUCAGCAUCAGCGAAGAGUUCUUGCAGUUGGAGCACACCGAUCUUGCCAGCAUCCUGAGUCGGGAUGAUCUCAUCGUCGCCUCUGAGGAGGCCAUCUUCAACGCAUUGGACAGCUGGGUGCGAUACGACCCCAAUAAACGGCGCUGUUACAUGGGCAAACUUCUCCACUGCAUUCGACUCCCGCUGAUGACCCUGAAGAUGCUGACCAGACUCUACGAGGCUAAUCCAUUCAUCAGGGAUAAUCCGUCGUGUCAGGAGCAGGUCAAUCGGGCCCUGAGGUACCACCUGCGGCCGGAGGAAAGACUACAAGUUGCCAGUAAGAUGGGAUCCAGAGUGAAGACCCGGGGAGAGAAGGGUUUACUCUGUGCCAUCGGUGGAAAGAAUGGCCUCUUUGCAACUCUAGAUAGUGUUGAGGUGUAUCACCGGGACAAGGACGUUUGGACGGAGGUUGCUCCGCUAAGCUGCCGGCGUCAGGAAUGUGCCGCCGUGGUCGUCCAACAAACCCUGUACGUCAUCGGCGGUGUCGUCUCUGAGCUCCGUAACGGCUCCAUGUACCGUCACCAUGACAACAGCACUGAAUGCUGGACCCCCAAAACGAACUCGUGGAGAAAAGUGGCGAGCAUGCACUUAAGUCGUAGCAACCACGGGGUGGCCGUGCUGAAUGGGAAGAUCUAUGCAUUAGGAGGGGUUACCGGAAAGUUGUAUCUACGGAGCGUGGAGUGCUACGAUCCUAUGACUAACCAAUGGAAGACAGUAGCACCAAUGAUUAACAGUAGGAGUAUCUUUAAUGCUGCAGUUGUAGAUGGUAAACUGUAUGCGAUUGGAGGGUAUGGGCCCAACUAUCUCAAUAGCGUUGAAAGGUACGACCCAGACUCAGACACCUGGGAGAUGGUGGCACCCAUGGCUGACAAACGAAUCAACUUUGGCGUUGGGGUCAUUCAUGGUUUCAUCUACGUAGUCGGAGGCCACAAUGGAGAGACGCAUUUAAGUAGCGUGGAACAGUACAACCCAACGCAAGAAACGUGGACAACCGUUGCAUCCAUGAAUACAACCAGGACAGGUCUGGGAGUAGCAGUUCUGAAUGGCAUGCUCUACGCAGCGGGGGGCCACUCCGGCUCGGCCUACCUUGAUUUAACGGAGUGCUAUGACCCCAACAGCGACACAUGGAAUGUAAUGCGCAAUAUGAUGAACUGUCGCUGUAACUUUGCAUUUGCCGCUCUCUGAUACAACCCCGAUUACGAUAUCGCACCAUAGCACAUUGCAAGGGAGUAACAACAACAUGAACUUUUUUUUUUUUUUUUUUUUUUUUUUUAAAGCUUGAUUCUUAAUUUGAAAAAGAAAAGCAAUUUAAAGCUAAAAUGCUAAGUGUGCAAUGUUUGAUAGAGUCCGUUUUGUAAAUAUUCAUCGUCUGCAACUAUUGCCAUGAACUUUCAUGUACUCUUAGCAGUUUCAGACGAAGCAUCCACCGAGUGACCAUGCCAUCUUUAGAAUGCAUGACAACAAUGGAAAUAGUUUAUCUCGGAAAGAUGUGUGUAAAGAAGUUUCAGACAUGAUGCCUACACCGUCCACAGCAACUCUCAUGUCUCAUGACUUUCAUGUUCUCUUAGAAGUUCAGACGAGGCAUCCACCAGAAAACCAUGCCAGGUUUAGAAUGCAUGAAAACUAUAGGAAUAGUCCCCCAUGAUAGAAUUUAGCAAAGAAGAUUCAGACCAACAGGCCCACAGAAAUUCGUGUAGCUCUUCACCGUCAUGUACUCAUAGAAGCUCAGAUGAGGCAUCCACCGAACGUCCAUACCAUCUUUAGAAUGCAUUAAUACAUCAGAAAUAGUCCCCCAAGACAGAAGUGUGUCAAGACGAUUCAGGUUUGAGUCCACAGCAUGUCUCAUGACUUUCAUGUAUUUCUAGAAGUACAGACGAAGGCGUCCAUCAAGAAACUAUGCCAGGUUUAGAAAACAUGGGAAAUAGUGUUCCUGGACAGAAUUUUGUAAAGAUGAUUCAGACCAACAUGUCCACAGAAGUUCUUGUGUCUUAUCACUUUCAUGUAUUCGAGGCAUCCACCGAGAAUCAUGCUUGGUUUAGAAAACAUUAAAACGUUGGAAAUAGUGUUCCUAUAGUGAUGCCCAUAAUGUCCACAGCAAUAUAUAUGGCAAGCAACAACUUAAUUGCAAUUGUACUACAAAAUGACUGGUCAUAUCAACUCAAGACAAAACUAAGAUAAUAAAAAUUGUACCACCAUUUCCAUCAUGUAAAUACAGUACUUUUUUUUAAAUUCCUUGUUGAGCUGUCCUGUUUAGCAGUCACCAGUUUGCUUUUAAGCACAAUGGUUGGGCUUUUUGGUGAUUUGGUUUGCAAGCGCUGUGCUUAUUUUCUCUUGCCCAUUGAAGCCUACUAGGCAGUUCAACUCCUAGGCUGAUUGAUCUAUGGUCACUGUGGUUAGACUGGUGGACCUGCAAUCGCAAGGUUGUGGGUUUGAAUCCUACCAAGCUAAAGCACUAGAACAAUUACUUUCUAGUUUUUAAAUCACAGUGUCUUGAUUUGUGCAAUUCAAUAGUCAUAGAAGUUAAACUAAUGUUUGUCAGAGAGAGAUUGGCUGUUGCUAGCUUUGUGUAUAUAUCCCCUUUCUUGGAGUUUGCCGAGUUCCCUUGAUGGGGAGAUCAUCUUCACAAACAACCAACGUCAGUGCCAUCAUUUUUAGAUUCAUUGCAAUAAUCAAGACCAAGAUUCCUGCUUUAAUAAAUGCUUUCCCUGUAAAACAUCGAGUGCAGUUUUAUUUAAAUUUGUGCAACAGUGGAUUGCCAAUGUGGACAUUUCCUUGUAAGCGCUCAGUACAGUUGCAUCGCUGAAUACAAAAGUGGUGACGUCCAAUUAAUGGUUAAUCGUACUGAUUUAAAGUGAUUAAUAAUAUUUGAGGCUUUGCAUAUUUAAAAUAGAAUGAAAUUGCAGCAAUACAUACAUUUUUAAAGCGUUAAAUAUUAAGAAUUGUAAUAUAUCUGUAGAGGAUGAAAAUGUAUUUAUUUAAACCUUUGACACUGUGCAUGGAGUACUGUGGGUAAAUUUUACUAGGAAUGAAACAAAAAAAAUUAAUCGACUAGAACGAGAUUUGAAACUGUGACUUCCAGAUUUAUCUCCACAUACAGUUAGCAGUCUUUCUAUUUUGUCAAUAUCCUAGUCCGGGGUGCUAAAAGUUUUACCCUGCUGGUCUAUUUGACAGAAAUGAUCUGAGAACUUGACAAAUUGGGUGAUUGUUCUUCUGGAGGGAGAAUAUUUAUCCAAGUGAAAACAAAAUGAAACUUGCAGACUGUGAAAGUAAGAGCCAGUGUUUUACAAUCAAAUACUUCAUUUAAUCGUCUAAUUGGAUAAAAGGUAAUUAUUGUAAACAAUCGCCAAUAUUUAUGCUUGCAUUUAUUUCACUGACAUUUGUACUGAAAGACAAUGGGCUUUUUACCGUUUGUGCCAUAUAUAGUUUGGGUUGUUUUUGCUUCAUAUAUUUGUCCGUUUGUUAAGUUAUAAAGGUUUUAGUUGACAGUCAAACCUUUUUGGCUGAAUCAUUCUGAAGUCAUAGGCAUUUAAGUUAAUGAAUUCACUUAUGUUUUGAUUUGUUUAAUUAUAUAAAAGGUUUUCAACUAAUACAAAAGCUUGAUAUGUAAUGAAUUAUGCUUUUAGUGUUUUGCUGCACACGUUGAUGUAUAUCAACGAAAACACACACACACACACACACAACUCCUUAUGUAUUGGCUUACAUAUACAUUAUUAUAUUAUAUUAAUUCUUAUAUUAAGAGAAAUUAUUUAUGAGGCUUUAAUUUGAGCUUAUACAUUGUAUUUUAUGUGUUAUAAUAAACAUAGGAAGAGGAGCAAAAGAUAACUUGGUAUUGUUUGAUAGUGACAGUUGGCACUAAACCUGUGGAAAAUGACAUUACACCCAUCCAUAGAACCCUGCCCAUUGUAUGAAUUGCGUAGCAACGGCGGCACUGAAAUAUAAAUAGAAGCUUGUCAUUAUCAACCCCCCCCCCCUGAACAUUGAGCAAGUGCACUAUGCAUAAUGCAGCAAUCCAAACUGCAGCAGUGCGUGGUUUGCUUUUUAUUUCAACUGAGAUUUCACUUUAUUGGACUUUAAGGGAUUUGUGACUGUUUAAUAUGUAUAAGAAAUUAGAAAAAGCUGUUGCAAAAUUGCUUACCAACCAAAAGGACCUAGGAUAGAAAUUGUAACAAAAAAAAUGAAUUUCAUGGCCUGACAUUUCAACCAUGGCAGAGUCUUCAUCGAGGGCUAAAUAGACACACAGCACAACACGAACAAAGCAAACACAUGUACCUGUUGCCAUCCUUUUGAGAAAGACUCUGCUAGGGUCGAAAAGACGUGCCAUCAUCAAAAAGUUGCUUUUGUUUAAGAUGUACUUAAAAAACCUAUCCACCCGACUGGUACAUAACCCAUGAGGUCCUUCCUCCAUGCAUAACCAAUGUUCCUUCCCAACUGCAUUACAAUAAAUAGUCAUUAUUUACUACCUUGCAGAUGAACAUAUAUCCCCAACAAAAUGUAUAGUGUUGAAAAGAGUGCCGUAUUCUCAUUUAAUGUGGUAUAAAUAUACACUUUGCCAAGUUUCCCAUCUCAUAUCACUAGUAAAAAAUAAGAAUAUAAGAAAGUUGGUCAAGCUGUUGCAAGAAGCAGUAAUAGUGAGAAAGGAUAUACUAUUUUAUGCUGAAUAGAAAAUGAAAUUUAAGUUUUCUGCAGGUAUGCAAGUAGUUUCCCAGCAUUAUUGGAGCUACUUGGGAGACGAUUGACUAAAAUCUUAGCUUCAAGAGACAAACGGGGGCCCAAUUUCACGACACUGCUUACUGAAGAAUUCUGUUUAAAGACACUGAACACUAUUGGUAAUGGUCAAAGACCAGUCUUCUCACUUGGUGAAUCUCAACAUAU